UCUUCAGUCAGUGAGUCGGUCGGUGUGGAGGAGAGCGGACGUAGACGAGCGGCUCACGCCACCGGGACCCUGGGAUCUGUCUGUGUCACUCACGCACACAUACACGGCAGUGAGACUGUAAUACCCACUGGCAGGAGCGGAGCGCAGCAGCAUGGUGCUGUGAGGGCAGAGGGCAGACCGGGACCUGCGCCCCAAUCACCCCCCAAAAAACAGCGCUGUUGAUUUGUUUAUUUGCCGCAACCGCGAGCUUUCCCUCCAUCAUGGAGACGACAGGCUGCUGGCUCCUACUGGCUGCGCACUUGAUCCUCAUCUGCCACCGAGGUGAAGGAUAUGCUUACAGAAAUCAGCGGAAGCUCUCCGAGGACAUUGACUGGUCAUAUGCAGGAACAUUAAACCAAAACAACUGGGCCAAGAGGUUUCCAUCUUGCAGCAACGCCAAGCAGUCUCCCAUCAACGUUGAGGAAAACCUGUCCCAGGUGAAGCUGCAGUACCAGAAGUUGCAGUUUGAAGGCUGGGAGAGUCCAACAACUGACAGGACAACCAUCAAGAAUGAUGGCAAGACUGUGGCGGUGGACGUGGAUGGAGAGUUUUAUGUCAGUGGAGGAGGCCUCAUGUCAAAGUUCAAGGUUGGACGUAUAACCUUCCACUGGGGACGCUGCAAUGCCUCUUCAGAUGGCUCCGAACACAGUUUGGAUGGAGUCAAAUACCCUUUAGAGAUGCAAAUCUUCUGUUAUGAGGCAGAUCGCUUCGACUCUCUAGAUGAAUCCAUCAAGGCUGGAGGCAGAAUAACAGCACUCGCGGUGCUGUUUGAGACGACCACAGGAGACAAUCCAAACUAUGCGCCCAUUAUAGACAGCAUCUUGAGCGUGAGCAGAUUCGGAAAGAGUGCAGAGGUUUCACCCUUCACUCUCCAAGAUCUCCUGCCCAACUCCACAGAGAAAUAUUUCAUCUACAACGGCUCCCUGACCACACCGCCCUGCAGCGAGAUUGUGGAGUGGGUUGUCUUCAAGAACACGGUGGCCAUUUCUGAUGAACAGCUGGAGAUGUUCUGCGAGGUGAUGACGAUGCAGCAGGCAGGAUACGUGAUGCUGAUGGACUACCUGCAGAACAACUACAGGGAGCAGCAGCAGUUCAUGGGACAGGUGUACUCCUCCUACACCGGCACUGAGGAGGUCCCCACACCAGUCUGCAGUUCGGAGCCAGAGAACAUCCAGACGGCGCCCUACAACCUCAGCAGCCUGCUGGUGACGUGGGAGCGGCCACGGGCUGUGUUUGACGCCACCAUCGAGAAAUAUUCUGUCACCUACAAAUUCGCCAAUGUAGAAAACGCUGUCCCCUCUGAAUACCUGACUGAUGGAGACCAAGAUGUGGGGGCGAUACUUGAUGAUCUCGUAUCCAACACCAGCUAUGUGGUACAGGUGGUAGCAGUGUGCACCAAUGGUCUGUAUGGACAUGUGAGUGACCAGCUGACGUUCACCAUGCCCGUCGACGACCCGGAAAAUACACUGGAUCCAGAUUCCAGUGAAUUUGAUGAAGAGGGCAACUAUGAUCCUGAUCUGCCAUGGAAUGAACCUGAACAAACUGAGGAUUAUGAUCGGGCUUUGAUUCCUAUUCAUUCACCAAGAACCACAACUUCUCCAUCACAUCUCUUACCUUUACCUGGCAUCAGAACUACAACAGGAGAUUCAGCUCACAGAAGAACCAGCACAGAUCCUGUUCCUUCUGUCCAGUUCCCACAGUCUGGUCAGGGACGGAGCCAUUUGGAAGAGACAGUACACGGCAGUACCAACACGCAGCCACAAGGAGUCACCCUGCCACCAGACGUUAAAGGAAAUGCUGUCUUAAAUGGCAAUGUUCCCUUUUACUUCACGGCCUCGACAACAGCUAAGGAAUCCAAGGAAGCCAUGUCCACUUUAAACUCUCAUACAAAUACACACGGUUUUGGAGGCAUCAUUCCAAGAGGUGGUGUUAGUACUACUACUACAACAUUUACCAGUGCAAAGACUGGCGGUGUUGUUAGUACUACUCCUCCAACAUUUACCAGUGCAAAGACUGGCGGUGUUGUUAGUACUACUCCUCCAAUAUUUACCAGUGCAAAGACUGGAGGUGGUUUUAGUACUAAUACUCCUAUAUUUACUAGUGCAAAGUCAAGAGGUGGUUUUAGUACUACUACUCCUACAUUUACCAGUGCAAAGACUGGUGGUGGUGUUAGUACUACUACUCCUACAUUUACCAGUGCAAAGACUGGUGGUGGUGUUAGUACUACUACUCCUACAUUUACCAGCGCAAAGACUGGAGGUGGUGUUGGCACUACUACACCUACAUAUACACCACCUAGUGCAAAAGCAAGAGGUGGUGUCAUCAUUACUACUAUGUUUACCAGUAAAAAGACAGAAGGUGAUGGUAGUACUGCAACGCCUUCAUUUACUACUGUAAAGCGAAAAGCUGGUGUCAGUUUUUCUUCACAUAUCACCACUCCAACAACCACACUGAGGUCUCAGAGCUUUGAUAUGAGCAGAACAUCAACAUCGUCCUACAGCCAGGCAGACACGGACCCCAUAAAUGAAGAGACCGCCACUGAAGGAGAUCUUUCACAGGUGACCUCCACACCGUCUCCCUCCACUGAGGCUGUCUCACGCCGUCCUGCGAGUCCGAGCAUUCCUCAGUCUCCGUCCACCACAACCUCAGUCCAGUUGAGUGCCGUUCUCUUGCAGACCACAAAGUCGGUGUUCAACGCCAUGGCGACUGACGCCACGACUCCCCGGUUCUCGGCGUCAGAUGGGAAUUCUGCUCUCCAUACCUCUGCCCUUUCUUCCUCACCCACAGCCUCCCCCUUCACCCCCACCUCAGAGGGGCAGGUGUUAGAUAUGAGCAGCAGUGCCUCUGGCUCAGCCAUGUUCACUGACUUACAGGAGGGUGUAGAUCAGGAGUGGGACAGGGCUCAAAGUUCGGCUUCGGGGGAGAGCGCACUUCCUUAUUCGACCCACAUUGCGAUCACUGUUCCCCCGUCUACAACCUUGGCUUCUGGCCAGAGUCCAGAUGAUCAGGACGAACUCUCCUCUGCAUUUUAUUUUGAAAGCGAGAGUGGCAGUGCCAUUACCACAGAGGUAGGAAGCACUGUGCCUCCAACCAUUCCUGUGGUGUCAUCACCUUCACCCUGGCCACUGAGCGGGGAGGAGGAGAGCGGCUCAGGACAGGGUGAAACCCCGUACGACAAUGAGACAUCCUCUGACUUCAGUAUUGCUGAACGCACAGAAAGAGGGUCAGAGGAAGAGGAGCCGGUCGCAGAUGUCAGCAACAGCAGCCGUGAGUCGAGGGUCGGCUCGAUCCGGGAAAGGGAAAAGAAGGCCGUGGUUCCCCUCGCUGUCAUCUCCACCCUCACUGUCGUCGGACUUGUUGUCCUCAUCAGCAUCCUCAUCUACUGGAGGACGUGUUUUCAGACGGCUCACUUCUACAUCGAUGACAGCUCGUCACCCAGAGUCAUCACCGCAGCCUCACCUCUAGUAUCUGAUGAGCAGAUGGCUUUUCCAGUGAGAGAGUUUGUCAAACACGUCUCUGAGCUUCAUCACACCCAGGGCUUCCAGCGAGAGUUUGAGAUACUGAAGGAGAGCUACGAGGAGGUGCAGACGUGCACAGUGGACAUGGAGAUGACCACUGACGGCUCCAAUCAUCCUGACAACAAGAACAAAAACAGAUACAGCAACAUCCUGGCCUACGACCACAGCCGAGUGCGCCUCUCAUCGCACGGCGAUAAACACGGAAAGACAAGAGAUUACAUCAACGCAAACUAUGUAGAUGGUUAUAAAAAGUCCAGAUCCUACAUCGCAGCUCAGGGUCCUCUGAGGUCGAGCACCGAGGACUUCUGGAGGAUGAUUUGGGAGCAAAACGCCAGCGUCAUUGUCAUGAUCACAAACCUGGUGGAGAAUGGACGGAGGAAGUGUGAUCAGUACUGGCCAACAGAGGUGCAGGAGGAGUACGGCAGCUUCCUGGUGACGGUGAAAAGCAGCAGAGUCCUCGCUUACUACACCCAGAGAACCUUCACUGUCAGGAACACAAACGUCAAAAAGGGCUCCAUGAAGGGACGGAGCAAUGAGCGGACAGUCCUUCAGUACCAUUACACCCAGUGGCCCGACAUGGGUGUCCCCGAGUUCGCCCUGCCACUGCUCGGCUUCAUUCGCAAGUCAUCCAGUGCCAGGACAGACGACAUGGGCCCACUGGUGGUGCACUGCAGUGCGGGCGUCGGCCGCACAGGAACCUACAUCGUCCUGGACAGCAUGUUGAGACAGAUGAGAGAAGAAGGCACCAUCAACAUCACAGGCUUCCUGAAACACAUCCGCACACAGAGGAACUAUCUGGUCCAGACAGAGGAACAGUAUAUUUUCAUCCACAAUGCCUUGGUGGAAGCCAUCUUGGCUGGGGAGACAGAGGUGGGGGCAGCUCAUCUGCACAGGUAUGUUGACGAGCUGCUGACCGCGGGGUCUUCUGGAAAGACAAGUCUGGACAAGCAGUUCAAGCUGGUUUGUCCCUCCGGGGUGAAACAGUGCGACUACUCUACAGCUCUGCAGGACUGCAACCGCAGUAAGAACAGAAACUGCUCUGUGAUACCUGUGGAGAAGUCCAGAGUGCGUCUCUCUACAUCUGUGGGGGAAACAUCAGACUACAUCAAUGCGUCGUACAUCGCAGGUUACAGGAAGAAGAGUGAGUUCAUCAUUACCCAAAAUCCCCUGCCUGCCACCAUAAAGGACUUCUGGAGGAUGAUAUGGGACCACAACACCCAGACCAUUGUGUCACUGCAAGGGACACCAGCAAGUGGGGCGGACAAGGACGAGGCAGAGAUGUGCGUCUUCUGGCCCAGCAAAGGGAAGCCGCUCACAUUUGACCUGUUCACCGUCACGCAAACCAAUGAGGAUCACGUCUGUCUGACCAACGAGGACGUGCUGGUGGUCGAGGAGUACGUACUGGAGGCUAAACAGGAUGACUUCAUUCUCGAGGUGAAACACUACCGCGCUCCCUGCUGGCCAAAUCCUGACAGUCCCGUCAGCAACACCUUUGAACUGCUCAACCUGGUCAAACAGGAGAGCGCUGCCAAGGACGGACCGACUGUAGUCCACGAUGACGUGGGCGGAGUCACAGCAGGAACGUUCUGCUCGCUACUGUCACUGACUCGUCAGUUGGAGGCCGAAGCUUCAGUCAAUGUUUUUCAAGUGGCCAAACUGACGAACCUCAUGAGACCAGGAAUCUUCAAUGACAUUGAGCAGUACCAGUUCCUGUACAAAGCCAUGCUGAGUCUCAUUGGGACACAAGAAGACGAGAAAGUUCUCCAGUCCACCGACAUCAACGGCACCAUCGUGGUGGGAAGUGCCAGCAACACAGAGAGCCUUGAAUCCCUGGUGUGACGACCCAAAAGAAAAAAAGAAAAGAAAAAAAAGAGGAACUUUUCCAAUCGAGCUACUGGUCCUUCCUUCUCAACUGCCAACAGGAGUUCACCUGAUGCCAUGCUGCAGCUGCUGCCGUUGAGGACUAUGCGAGUAGUUUGAGAGUGGCUUGUGCAGAACUUUCUUUACUGUGUCUGGACUCCCUAUGGUUUUGUAAUGUGUGCCUUUUUGUAUUUUUCACCCUGUACGUUCCGUCUAACUUUGAUACGAGCUGUAAACUAACUGAUGUUUUAACGCGAUAUUGCCCUGAGAUGUUUCACUUAAUUAACAAAUAUUUCCUAAACCUUUGUAUUUAUUGGCACUGAGCCAAAUGGGGAAAAAAAGGGAAAACAGCACCUUUUUUGUUUUGUUUUUAACAUGAAAGGAGAUAUUUUGUCCGUGCGUCCUUUAUAGAGCUUAUGCACUGAACUCCUCUGUAAAUACCACGGUAGCUGCAGUCUGUUAUUGAAGUCAAAUAUAAAAACAAGGGCCUGAAAUAAUAAAAAAUAAUAAUAAUCUAAUGUAAAUAAUAUUAUAGUUAUCACUUUGAUGGACCAAAUUUCUAUUUAUACUUUUAGAUUUUAUAUUUUACCUAUUUUCUAGUGCAUUUAAACGUUAUGGUUUAAUUUGAAUUGCUAGUUGGAGAACAUUAAUGCUUUUAUAUUCUGGAUUUUGUAACACACUAAACGUGAUGCAUGGGGUACUGACUUUUUCUUUUUUAGCUGGACAUGAAACUCUGCUGGAUUAUUAGCUAGGUCAUUCAUUAAAUAAGUGAAACACCAA